GCAGACCCCUGCCCUAUUAUGACAUCCCUGUAGUAACACAGUAACCGUACGUAAGCUGCUUUGAGUGUUCUAUUGCUGUCAAAUUAUGCAUCCUGGAUAUGUGCAGUUAAAUCGGUUUGUUAAGGUUUUCUUUAUAAAUAUGAAAAACUAACUGCAGAAGUGCGCUCAAGGCAUGAUGCUGGUUUUUCCCACAGUCAUGAAAGCACCACUUCUGUUCCCCGCUGCAGGUCGCCUGAGCUUUCUGCUUACCAAAGCGCACUGGGUUCCGCUCAGUCUGGCCAAUCGUGUCGCGCUGUGCUUCAGCACCAUUGCAGUGUGGAGGGAUCAUACGGAGGUGUAGCUUGCUGAGAGAGGGAUCAUUUGGAGGAAAGAUACUCGACCUGGGUGACCGCUUUUGGCCAACACCACCCCCGAUACAGUCACCGUGUGACAUCGCCAUAAGCAGCUUCAGUCCGGGUGACCCUCAGUGAUUGACAGAUGUGUGACACUGUGGACAACCAUUUGCCUCUCCCAGUGGAGAUCUGAGUUCUGGGACACUGAGGCAGCCAAGGGGGGGUCUCUGAGGAAGAUGCUGGGUUCAGAGCGCGGAGUUGUCGAAGAAUGGCUCUCAGAAUUCAAGUCCUUACCAGAAACCCACAUCCCCAGCUACGCCGGCAGCCUUCAUCUAAAGAAGUCUCUGGUGCCAGCUCUCUACAGAGUCAUCCAGGACCCCAACAAUGAGCUGCUGGAGCCUGUGUGCCACCAACUGUUCGAGCUGUACCGGAGCUCUGAAGACCGCCUGCGCCGCUUUACCCUGCAGUUUCUGCCCGAGCUGGUGUGGGUAUACCUGCGCGUCACAGCGAGCAGGGAUCGCCAGAGCAAUGGGUGCAUCGAGGCCCUCCUCCUGGGCAUCUAUAACCUGGAAAUCGUGGACAAAGACGGCAACAGCAAGCUCCUCUCCUUCACAAUCCCCUCCCUGUCCAAACCAUCGAUAUAUCAUGAGCCUUCUAGCCUGGGGUCCAUGGCAUUGACAGAGGGGGCCCUCUGUCAACAUGACCUGAUCAGAGUGGUGUACAGCGGCCUCCACCCACAGAGAGAGACCUUCACGGCUCAGAACAGGUUUGAAGUGCUGUGUUUCCUCAUGCUGUGCUACAACUCCGCUGUGGUGUACAUGCCGCUAUCUUCCUAUCAGUCAGUUUGCAGAAUGAGCUCACGGCUGUGUGUAUGUGGCUUCCCCCGGCAGCAGCAGAAGCUCUGGAGGGAACCUUGCAAUCGUGUGCUGCUGGACCCCGAGUUCAUGGUGCAGAUGCUGACUGCCGUUUAUCAUGCCAUAUACAAUGGAGAGUGGGAGAUGGGGCGGGAAGCUCUGGAGGACAUUCUGUACAGAGCCCAGCUGGAGCUUUACUCCCAGCCUCUCCUGCUGGGGAAUGCCAUGAAGAACUCGCUGCCAGAGACGGCUCCCGAUGAGUCACGGGGGCGCAAGGUGCUCCAGGUGGAGGUGACACCCACCAUCAGCCGCAUCUCCAUCUCAGCCAUCACCACCGCCUCCAUACGACGCCACCGCUGGAAGAGAGAGGAUUGUUUUGACUACUCAACCGAUGCAGAGUUGAGCCUCAUCGUCAAUCCUCCUAGCCUCGCCCAGCACCAGCACCACCAACACACUCCCUGGGACCCCGCAGCCAAAGAGGAGAGAGAAGGGCGGCCUCACAGCCACCACAGCAGCAGCAGCAGCAGCAUCAUUCCCCCCAUCACAUUUGAGGAUGCUGAUGGUAUGAGCGGCGGGGAAGAUUCCUUCAACGUCAACGACCCGGACGAGGGUUUCUCCUCCGGGGCCUCCAACAGCAGCCAGCCAAGCGGCACCAAGGCAGGCGGUAGCGUGGGGCAGAGGGGCGGCAGCCUGAACAGCAGCAGCAGCAGCAUCAAGAAAGCCAUCACAGCCCGGCUGUCUCGAGACAAGGAGAAGGAGCGGGAGAAGGAGAGGGAGAGGGAGGCGGAAAAACAUGCAGAUUUGUCAGCAGAUCACCAGGCUGCUGUGAGGAGGCACCACGCGAGGCAGCAGUCGCCUCCAGCCAGCAUCAACUUGGAUGCCAUCCAGCUGAGCCCCAUAAAGAAGCACCUGAGCUUCCCGGCAGGGCCCACAUUGGUGCGGACUGGCAGCACCUCCUCCAGCAAGUCCUUUGACUGCAUGAAUUUCAACCUGAACGGAGGCGAUGAUGAGCGAGAGGAGGCGGUGGGGGGCUCUGACAAGGAAGGAGGGCUUCCUGUAGGCGGCUCCCACCGCCACUCCACGAUCAGCCUGCAGGAGGAGCACCUCAUCAGGCCAGAGGACGCCCAAGACCUCCUGUCUCCUGGAGCUCCUCUCACCAAGCAGUCCCGCUCCCCCAGUUUCAACAUGCAGAUCAUAUCACAGGUCUAACAUGCAGUGCAGGGCAUAAUACACAUACAUACACACACACACACACACACACACACACACACACACACAUACAUAAAAUACCUGUUCAUAGCACUCAUCCUCAUGCAGUUUUUCUCUGCAACUCUUUAACCCUACUACAACAACUUCUGUCUACCUAUCUGUGUUGGUGUGUGUGUGUGUGUGUGUGUGUGUAUGUGUGUAUGUGUGUGUGUGCUCAAGAGUUGUGUCUCCACCCUUUUAACAUCCAUUACAAUCGUGACCUGAAGUCGUCGCCGGUGGAUUUAGCGUUACUGAAAAUGCAACAAGAGAAAAGUAGUAAAUGAUGACGGCCCACUGCUGUAACUACAGUCCAGCAUGUCACUGCAUCCUCCCGUCAGACCGAGCUGAGCAUUCCACACACAAACUCUCCUCAGAAAAGGAGGAAGUGUCGAGAGAAAACUACGGAUGCCACGCUAGCUGCAGGAGACAUGUAUGACAUUUCAGAUUUUUUUUUUUUUUUUUUUUUUUUUUUUUGAGUUCCUGACUGAAUCAGUCAAAAAAAUAAAUCAGCAAUAACACUUACCGUCGCUCAUGUGGAGAAGAGUGGGGAUUAUUGCUCUUUCUCUUCAUUCCUUCCCUUUCAUUCCCGGGCUCACGUGCAAUCGUUCUUGCUGAUUAUCUUCCUUGUUAAUUAGGCAUAAAUGGUUUUAUGAAUAAAAUUUCUUUAAUGUUUUUUUUUGUUUGUUUUAAAUCACAAUCCAAAGAAGGUAGCAUUUCUUUUUUGUCACUUGUCUGACAGUGAUUUGGCAGAAAUCAGUCAGACCAAAGUGAUGCUCUAGUUUUCAGCCCACAAUCUUCCUUUUAUUCGAAUCUUCUCAUUUGAUCUGUAAAAUCAGACUUUUAAGAUUGUUGUCAAACCAAACUGGAAUGUGGUUUUUCUUGCCCCGAGCUUUUAACUGGACAAAUCUGACGAAAUCACUACUGUGCAGCUUCAUCUUGUUACUUGAUUUAAAACCUUGAAGCUGAAUCUUGCUGAAGAACUGGAUGAAAACAUUGUAGACAUGCAGGUUUGUGUCUGAAGCUAAAAGGCAAUGACUGUAUUUUAUAUUAGAUUGUUAUUAUGGUUUCAACCAUUGAAUGGGUUCUUCCAUCUGAAGGUGUGUUUGUCAGGCUCUGGCUAGUGUGCAGUGUCGUGCCUGAGCCGGUGGUGUACUGCCCUCUGGAGGCUCCUAGUAGUCACUGCGCAUCAGCCGUCACCAUGGCAAUUGUCUUGCAUUUUGUGCUCUGAUUGGAUGCUCAUGAAACAUUUUGUUCUACCUCAUUGUGUGUUCACCCUGCCACCCAGACACCUGUCUCCCAGUCAGAUGCAGGAUUUAGAGACCCCAUUAGGUUUGAAACUGGAGUGCUUGACCAUUUUGGGGGAUAUAUAGUGGGGGGGGGCAAACUGGUUUCACACUGCAACUGUAAUGACACUGUAAAAUCUGUUCAUGUGAGGAGCUGUGACUGAGUAUCUCAGCCUUGCAUUUCAGUUCAAUCACACCAUGCACAAAACCUAGCUGCAAAACUAGAACACGACUGUCUUCAGGUUUCUCUGUCAUGUAUCAAACAACCAUGUCGGGAUUAACCUGAUUAUUUCAACUCCCUACAAAUGUCCUGCUUAUCUUUAUUUUUUUUUUUUAUGUAAUGAUUUUUGAAGUGCAAUUUUUUUAUCCUCAUGUGCAUGGAGUUGGAUCUUCUCUGCUGUUAAAUGCCUGCAUCUGCGCACAGUGCUAGCUAGCCUUCUGUAGUGCUCCCCGCCCAGGCUGAGUGAUUUGAACAUGGCGUGCUUGUCUGCAUGUUUAGUGCCCUGCAAAGCACUGCUGUUUCAGAUGCGUGAAACAGUCAGCGAGCCAAACCCAAGUCUCGUCCUUGUCUUUGCCAGAUGUGCCAAUACACAUCCUCUCCUUAAGGAAGAUAUGUUUUGCUUUGGGUGUCUUAAGUUAAAAUGCCUGUUUUUUUCUCUUCUGUGUUUACUGGUCUUAUUUCAAAAUUAAGGGACAACAAAAGGGAUGUUUGGACAUAUGGCUCAACGUGCCCUUAGAUGCAGCUUCACCUCCUUUUUUUUUGCCAUGAAUUUUCUUUUCACUCAUCACAGGUGUGAACUGUACUCUGACAGUCAUCACUAUUUGCUGUUCACAUGUAAAAGCAGUAUAUUAUGCGUCUGUGUACCGUGGAUUGUCAGCUGUUGUAUUGCAUUUCCCACGUCUUGCUCACGUGCUUGUGUAGAAUGAGGAUGAAUGAUUAAUGUAUAUAAAAGUCAGUUCAGUCUGCAGUGAAAAAUCCCCCACACACUCAUGCUCCCACUGUGCUGGAAAAAAACCCUUCACAGCUGCUGCUGCUGCUCCUGGUCCUGAGUGAGUCCUGUGUGCGCUUUAGCCUUAAAACAUUUCAGGCCAAAAAGCCUCCAUCGUCGGCUCUUCGGCCUCACGUGCUCCUCCUCCUCCUGGACUGUGAAAGAAGAAGAAGAGAGGAGUGCAGCUACAGUUCACACUCUCACCUGGUCUGUCUGCUGUCAUCCCUGUGCUGUGUGGCUCACGACGAGCUGUUUCCCAUUUGCUGUAUUUUGCCGUGAGUUGAGUGGCACCUUUUUUGCUGUUUUAAAAACUGGUGACGUGUUCAUGUCAUUAAUACGAGUGCCCCUGACCAAGGAUACCAGCAGCCAUGUUGGUACUGUAUGUUGACUUAGAGUAACGGAUAGAGAAAUACCCCUCGGUGUCUGGUGUUAUUUGCAUGUGACCAGGGCGGGAAAUGAACACCAGGUGGACUGUGGCUGAAAAUUUUAUCUACUUUUCAUUUUUGAUCGAAUAAUAAGCUCAGAAAUCCUCAUGAGGUCCACUGACAUUUAAAAAAAAAAGUCUAGUUUUGGUGGUUUAAAAUAGGGUUCAAUUUGUUCUUGUCAGCCACUGUCACUGGUGGAUAAAAUUAAUUUCCUGCCCUGCAUGUGAUAACUGUGGGCUUUUGUUUUCAUACAGUAUAAUGCACUUUAAUCCAUCCACCUCUCUCCUCAAGAUAGUUAUUGAAAUGAUAUAUAUAGAUGUGCAAACGUGUAUACACUCAAUGCAGGGUUUUAGUCUCUUUAAAGUAGUACUUCUAUGUGAUGUCACAUCCAACACAAUGCUAUUUUUGUUAAAGUCUAAGGGUACAGUUAUUUAUUUAUUUUUUUUUCUUUUCAAAAACAAAAAAAAAAAAAUAUAUAUAUAUAUAUAUAUAUAUAUAUAUGUUACUUGGGUUCUGGAAGGUCUCAGGAGUUUAUCAAAAAGCCACAUUUUUAAAAUGGCAGCACCAAAAUUUCUGUUCUUGAAGUCAGAAUUGAUUCUAUGCAACAUUUUUUUCCCCUUUUUUGUUUUUCGUGUUACCGGCUUUCAUCGAUCCGUGUCGGGUGGGAUGGGGCAGGUGCGUUUAAGCUGAUUUUUAAGGUGCAAGUCCUCAACAGCGUCCCCCCCCCUCCUCCUCUUCAUCCAGCGAUUCUGUUUAUACACCCUGUAGUGGUGCUACAGAGCGAAGGACCUCUCUCAUGUGGGUGAUAUAAGAGGACCAUCCAUUUGUCAUCCAACUGCCCUCACAGAGAGAAAGCCACACCGGGACUUUUGGUGCAUGUCGAGCCCUUCUGUCAGUUUGCUGCUCUGUGGCUCAGAGACGUCAGCUGGUGUAUGAAACAUAAAGAUUAUCAACGAUGAAUCUAAUCUAGAUGCUUCGAGGGAAGCUGCUGGAUGAUGUGAUAACACUGUACUAUUGAUGAUGUAUAAAUGGAGAGAAAGACUUAUUUUAAAUCUUGUAAAUAGACAAAUGUACAAAGGUCAAAGCAAGAUAAAUAUAAAAAACUAAAGAUCAGUCUGAGAUGUAGAGAGAAAUUAAUCUGUAUAUUGUUGAAUAAAUAUUGUGCCGUAAGGGAUA